AUGGACGAGAGUAAUCAUGAAAUGGUUAAUACUCUAACUUCACAAUUGGGGACUAUUUUGAACCCUUUAAUCAAUAAUACAAAUAAUAAUUAUCAGUUGCUAGCCCAUCAGAUGGGGCGGAUUGCAGAUUUCUUUGGUACUCCUACAAUGCCUAACCAAAACCUUCAGCCCAUUCGAAACCAAACACAAGUUCAGAACCAAGGGUUUCAUGUGAACAAUGAAGUUCCAAACAAUCAAGUACCACAAGUGGUACAAGAGGAACCACCGGCUCCAGUGGUGCACCAUGUGCCAGAGCCUGAAGUAAUUUUGGUUAAUCGAAAUCAGAAUGCUGACGAAGUGAUUCGAAACGUGCAAAGAAAUAAUUUUGCGCAACAAGAUAACUUGGCAAAUUUGGUCGAAACGAUUUUAACUCAAAAUGGUUUCAAUGUUGGCCUACAUAGGCCUAACUUUAUUUCCCCAUUAUCUGAAUACGUGUUACAAACCGAAUUGCCAAGGGGAUGGAAGAUCCCCAAAUUCACAAAGUUUGCUGGGGACACAACUGAGUCAACAGUGGAACAUGUGGCAAGAUUUUUUGCCGAAGCAGGAAAUUUGGCAGAUAACGAAAAUUUAAGGUUGAAAUAUUUCCCAAAUUCCCUAACAAAAAAUGCUUUCACUUGGUUCACAACUCUUCCCCCCCGUUCGAUUCAGCAUUGGACUCAAUUGGAAAGGGCUUUCCAUGAACAGUUUUAUAUGGGCCAAUCCAAGAUUAGUUUGAAGGAAUUGGCCAGUGUGAGGAGAAAGACACCAGAGUCCAUAGAUGAUUAUCUGAAUCGAUUUAGGCUACUCAAGGCCAGAUAUACACAACAUCUAAGAGACAUGGCACAAUUAGCAGAUAGGGUAAGACAAGUCGAACGCCUUAAGGCUGAAAAGGCCAGAUCAUCAAAGUUUCAAAAGAGGGAAAAGAUUGCUUAUGUCGAAACUAUGGAUGAUGAUGAUGAGGAAUAUGUAAUAAAUUAUGGAGACAUAGAGGAUAAUGAAAUCAAUGUGGCCGAACUAAAACCUGGCCCUCCUUAUGUCUGUAAGUUAUUAAAACCUUCGAAUGGGAAAAAUCCUGUCGAACCUAAGAAUGAUAAAUUUGUUGCUAAAACUUAUUCAUUUGAUAUAACCAAAUGUGAUGAAAUAUUCGAUUUGUUGGUUACUGAUGGCCAAAUUGUUGUUCCAAAGGGAUUGAAAGUGCCUCCCCUUGAACAACAAAAGAAAAGAGGUUUCUGCAAAUUUCAUAAUUUUUUGGGUCAUAAAACCUCACAAUGUGUUCUUUUCAGGGAUCUGGUUCAAAAGGCUUUAAAAGAUGGAAGGCUGAAGUUUGGAGAGAAAUCCGGACACAAGAUGAGAAUUGACGAAGACCCACUACAAAUAUCUGAUGCUUCCUAUGUGGAACCGGUCGAAUGCUUGAUGAUCGAUGCCAUAGACUUAUCAGGAGGCGCUCAAUUAGUUUCUAUUCCAGAGAAUGAGUACUAUGAGAAAAUGAAAGUAGUAUAUCCUGGGGCUGAAGAGGAACUGAUUGAUUUUCUACAAAGGUGCAAGCUUAACAAGUCUGAGGUAAUGCUUUGCCCAAGGUGCAGUGCUGUAUUCGACAAGAAGGCUACUGAGGGCCUUAACAAGUUUAUACCAUUCAGAAGAAACAAAGAGAAUUGGCCAAACUCAAGGCCAAUGAAAAAACAGAACAUGGCGCAUGCUAAACCAAUACAUCAAAGGUUGGGCAACCCAAAUACUUUUGUGCCAUCCAACAAAUCACCAAUGAACAAAUGGGUUCAUGGUCAGGCAUCUAACUUUGUCAGAAAUUCUGUUGACAAGGGCAGUUCGAGUCAUUCUGUUGAUUCGAAGAAGUAUGUUUACAGAAACAAUUACAAGGGAAAGAAUCCCAUGACCCGCACACAAUGGCGUAGGCAUCAGCGCCAACAAAGGCUCUCCCUUCAAGUGGCCCAAAAGACUGAAGACAACAAAGGAAAGCAGGUUGUCGAAGUGGCUAGAAGGCCUUUGAAAGAAAGAUUGACUCAACCAGAGGAUGAUCAAAAGGUUGAGAAUGAGUUUGAAGGAGAGAACAUGGAAGAUGAGGAUCUCCUCGAUUCAGAUCCUGAAUUUGAUGUGCUGGUGAACGUAGUUUCGAUCCUCCCUGCUGAAUAUGACGUGUGGUCAGAAGUGACCGAAGGGGAGGAUGAAUUCAAUGAGUCUGAACUGGCUUUGCACAAGCCAAUGUGUUAUUAUGUAAUGAAUAAUGGCUGCUUAGAGGAACAGAUGGCCAAUUUUGAGAGGCCAACUGAGGGAAUGAAGAAUCAUUUGAAACCCCUCUUUAUUCAGGCCAAAGUAAACAAUGUGGGGGUCAACAAAGUGUUGAUCGAUGGAGGAGCAGCAGUAAACCUGAUGCCAGAAUUCAUGAUUACCAAGAUUGGUAAAUUUUCUACUGACUUGCACCCCCACAACAUCGUUCUUUCGAAUUACGAAGGCGAGACUGGUUUCUCGCUGGGGGCAAUUCAAGUCGAUGUGGCAGUUGGCAGCACUGUUAGGCCAACUUUGUUUUUGGUUGUAGCAUCGAAGGCCAAUUAUAAUCUGCUUCUAGGAAGGGAGUGGAUACAUGGUGUUGGAGCAGUGCCUUCGACUCUCCAUCAGAGAGUGAGUAUUUGGAGAGAUGAUGGUGUGGUAGAAAAUAUCGAAGCAGACCAAAGUUAUUUUAGGGCUGAAACACACCACAUAACCAAGCAUUCGUUUGAUAAAAAAUUGGCGAAUAUAUCGCCAUGCACUGAACAGGGAUAUGCCUAUGCCCCUGCUGAUAAUGUCUAUCAUUCCGUCAAAUUGGAUCCAACUCAUGGAUUCAUUUGGGAGAGAGAGGAGAUAGAUGAAGGUCCACAUGUGGAUGAAGGCAAAGUCCGCCCAACUGGGUGGGACCUUGAAGAAUACUACGAUGACUGA